AUGACUGAAAAUUCAUCAAAAGGUGAUUUGCCUGAAAAAAGGUAUGAAUGUGAAUUCUCAGCUGAGAUGGAUGCUGCCACGGUGCCUCAAGGUGUCUCUGAAACAGAUGGGAGAAAAUAUGAAUUACUGACAUCAGCCGAAAAGAAAACUGAAGAACUAAACCGCAUCCUUGCAGAAGAUGUUGAUGAAAGUGCCAGAGCAGACAUCUUAGCAUCAUCACUAGAUCCUGAAAAUGGAUCACCAUAUAGACUGCCUGAAAAAAAAUACAGGGAUUCCACACUUACACUGAAUAAUAAAGGAUUAAGAGAUAUUUCUCUGCUCACUUUCCAAAACCAAAAUUUAAAAUAUUUAAACUUCUGCAACAAUGAAAUAAAAUCACUGCACUCAAAUAUAGGUAAUCUAAUCAAUCUGGAAGUCCUAUUAGUUGAAAAAAAUAAAUUGACAUCACUGCCACCAGAACUCUCCUUACUUCAUAAACUAACAAUAUUAAAUGUCAGUCAUAACCAGUUGUCAUGUCUCCCUAAAGAAUUAUCAAAACUUGUAAAUAUUAAGGAACUCUUCCUCAAUCACAACAACAUUGCUGAGUUUCCUUUUGCACUAGAAAGCCUUGGAACUUUAGAACUUGCUGGGAACAAGCUACAAACUUUGCCAGAUACCAUGGCUGACAUGAGAAAUUUGAAGGUACUCAACAUUGAUUCUAAUCAGAUCUUAAUAUUCCCGAAGGUUGUCUGCUACCUUCCUAAUCUAGUAAAACUGAGUAUAUGUGAGAAUUUGAUCCAGAGCUUACCAAAGGACAUUAAAGAGCUCCAGAAGCUACAAGAAUUUUCAAUCAGUAGCAAUAAGCUUAUAUUUUUGCCUGUGCAGCUUUUUCAGUUGACAAAACUAAGAGAGCUCAGAGUUGAUGAUAACAAACUAGAGUUUCUUUCAGAUAAAGUUGAGAACUUAAAAGAGCUGAGAUUUCUAAACCUUGCAAAAAAUCUAUUCAAAAAUAUUACAGACAAUCUUUGCAACUGUACCAUGUUGAAACAUCUCAUUCUACAUGACAAUCAGUUAACCCAGCUCCCUGCUAACAUUCACAAACUUAAACACUUAAAGGAGUUUUCUGUAAGUAGAAACCAACUGGACUCCCUGGAUGAACAAAUAUCCUAUUUUAAAGACCUCUCCAUAAUAGACCUUUCUGGAAAUGCGUUGACAUACGUUCCUGUUGAAUUUAAAAACUGUAUGUGGGUAACCAAAGCUGACCUCAGCAACAAUAAGAUCUCCCAAUUUCCACAUGCGUUGUGUGCACUGUUCAAUCUUAAGCACUUAAACCUUAGUGGAAAUUGUAUUUCGGAAAUAAUACCUGGAAUUGUUUACAUUAAAAAUUUGGAGUAUCUACACUUGAACAAAAAUAAACUGUCCUCUUUUUCUGCCUCAUUGUGCAGCCUUGAAAAACUGAUUUACUUGGAUGUCAGUGAGAAUGAAAUCAGUAGCAUGCCAGCAAUGGUGUCUGAGAUGAAGGCUCUCCAGGUGCUUCUUUUACACUGCAAUAAAUUUGACUUAUUUCCUGCAGAACUGUGCUCCUUAAAGAGUUUACAAAUACUCAACCUUGCAAAUAAUCAGAUUAAGAGCAUUCCUUUACAGAUUAGUAAUCUAGAAGCGAUUAAAGAACUAAAUGUAUCCAACAACCAGUUUGCAGCUUUCCCUUCUGAAAUAUGUCAUCUUUCAUCACUGGAGAAAUUGUCAGUAUGUCAGAUGAGUGGCUUGAAGUUAACACAGCUUCCAGAUGAGAUAUCUAAAUUGGUUUGCCUCAGAGAGCUUGACAUAUCUCAUAAUGCAUUAAAGGAAAUUCCAGAUGGCAUAGGAGAACUGGAACGUUUGGCCCAUCUAAUUGCAAAUAACAAUGAUAUCAGCCAGCUCCCCAAAUCUAUUACUUUCCUAAGAAAUCUACAGCAACUUGAUCUGAGUGGUAAGUAUCAGACAUUGGAUCCCUUAGUAAAAUCUAAGCAUGAGCUAUCAUUUCUUUGUAUUUUCCCAGAAAAUUGUCUGUUGUCUUUGCCUGCUGAUCUUCACAAUCUUCGUUUGCUUACUGACAUAAACUUUGAUGGAAAUGCUCUGUUUGAACCGCUGCGAGAGGUGUGUAAAGGGAAGCAGCUACAUCCCAUUCUGUGCUACCUGGAAAGUGCUCGUGAAAGAGACGAGAAACUUUUGCAGGAGAUAAUGGAAGUGAUUGCUGACAAUAUUCCUUCUGAAAAUUUUAAAUUCUUCUGCCAGAAAUUGCAACUGCGUCGUGCUGACAUCAAGUCUCUUGAAGAGAGCAGGUUAGAUACAAAUUCUUGUAACAGAAUCUUGUUAAUUUUAUUUCCCAAUUUUCUUUCCUUUCUAUUUUGUGAAAUUAACAAUGUCUUAAUUAUGAAGUUAAUGUGUAUUUUUGUUAAAUACGGGAGGACUGAUCAACUGCAGGAGAAAAUCAUCACAGCACUGAACAUCUGGAGAGGUGAAAACCAAGCCCUAACUUCUGCGGAAAUGAUAGAUAAGUUGAUCAGAAUCCUCGUAAUGACAGGCAUGCAUUAUCUCACCAACAAAGUGACAGCUUUAAAACUCUAUUCACAAAUAAUAAAAUUAUAAGUAUGUAG